AUGCCGCAAGUCGGGCGUAAGCCCAUCCGACGGGGGAGGUCGCUGGCUGAGCGAUCAGCCGCGCGGCAGGGCGUCUCGUUGCGUGGCCUAGGCAUCAGUCUCAGGACUGAGAUGCGGUAUCGGGCUGCAAUGGCGCAACUUAUCCCUGUGUUGGAACAGGCGGGCUCCUUGGAUGACCUUGAUCCUCUCUGUGAAGAAUGGGUGGAACAUCGUUGGCAGCUGGGCACACCUCUUGGAACCAUCGGGGAUGCCCUUUGUGGGGUGCAUUACUUUUGGCCACAGGUGAAAGGACUUUUGAAGGGGAGCUGGAAGCUCUAUAAAAAUUGGCGACGUAUCGAGCUCCCACAACGUGCACCCCCGUUGCCCCGCGAAGUUUGCCGUGCCAUUGUGGGGUUUUUCUUGGAACAAGAGGCUGUCGCUAUGGCUUUUUUAGUGGCUCUCGGUUUCCACGCCUUCUUGCGCACGGGCGAACUCUUGAAGCUCACCAAUGAGGACAUCAACUUCUCGCGAGGGCAUGGCGCCGUGGUGGUUCGGAAGAGCAAAAGCGGGUUGAGGUUCAAUAUGGAUGAAAGCGUGGCGCUGCAUGAUCGCAGCCUGCCGCGCCUUUGGGAGUUGUGUGUCCUUGCCGGCCAUACUCAACCCCAUCAUCCCAUUUGGACCGGAAGCGGAUCACUCUUUCGGAAACGCUUCUAUGAGGCCCUCGAAUCCCUGCAUUUAGGUCCCUUGUCCUUUCAACCCUACAGCAUCCGUCGGGGAGGAGCCACGCACGCCUUCGCUACUUCCAUGGCGCUGGACCGUGUGAUCAUCAGAGGUCGCUGGAGAUCUCUAUCUGUUGCCCGCAUCUACCUAGAAGAUGGGCAGGCUCAACUGAGCCAGAUCAAAAUGUGUCCGCGCGCCCGCUGCUUGGAGAAGCCAGACACGGCACAGAUGGUCUUGGAUGCAGCUUCUCUUUUGAGCCAGGAACAUGAGCAUCUGGAUUUGGUCUGCAGCUGGAGCUUGGCCCUUCCAGGUUCCUUCCAGAAGGCUGAGAUUCGGACCAUCCAGGAGUUUGCGCAGCGAAUGCUCGCAUCAAUGGAGGCCGCAGAAAGGGGCUGGUUCUUUGAAUCCUGGAGUGGCUCAAACGGUUCUCCAGAGCGAUCGCUACAAGCCUGCUUGGAGAGGGACUGGAUCAACUUGUCGGCCACGGAGCAAGUGAUGUAUCCGCCAGACAAUCACACACGAAGCCUGGUCUACCUUCAUGGAUUUACAUGUUCGGGCUAUGACUAUUUAAAAGAGCCGCACUAUGUCUAUCGACCCAAGCCCAAGAAGAAGAAGGCGAAAGGCAAGGCUAGCAAGGACGAGGAGGAAGAAGAAGAGUUGGAGCCCUUCCCAGGUCUGAAGGUGGUGUUCCCAACAGCUCCGAAGAGACCAAUUACUUGCUACAAGGGUGAAGUGUUGCAUGCCUGGCACGACUACAUCACAGACCACGAGGGCGACCAGGAGGAUGAGUUGAGCAUGGAAGAUCUCCAAGAAACGACGGCACGGAUCCACACCCUGCUGGAUGCCGAAGCUGCUCUCGUGGGUGGAAAGAAUGUCUUUCUGGGAGGCGCUUCUCAAGGCUGUGGCACUGCUUUACAUGCGGCGUUGACCUAUGAAGGAGAGCUGGGUGGUGUGAUUGGCACCAUGGGUCAUCUCUUAAGCUGCACACCGAUCAAAGAAAAUUGGAUUGCGAAGAAGAUACCCAUCUUUGUGUACAACGGGCUGGAGGACAGUACCAUGAAGUGGCACGAGUGGGUCAAGGCCACGUACUGCCGUUUGCAAGAUGCGAAGGCAGAUAUCCGCAUCGUCCUGGACGAAGGCGUCGAUCACGGUGAGAAUGAAGACGUCUGGAAGCGCACCGUGGUCAUGGAAAGUCUGAAGUUGUACAGCAAUCGCGAACAGUUGAUCUACAUCGGUACAGAGAUUGUGAAGGUUCGAAACCAGCAAGAACGGUUAGGCGUGCUGCAAGCUCUGAUAGACCAGGAGAUCAACAGGUAUUUGAAAGAUGAUACCCCUGUGCCUGCACAGAUGUUGGCCCCCCAUGGAUCAUCGCAGAAGCGAAGCGAUGCUGUUGCAUCCAUCCUUAGGGUGAACCGAAAUGAGGCACGGGUGUUAUCAUCGAAGCAAAGGGCGCCUUACAUGGUGUUGAUGGAGGUGGAAGACAAACCUUUGGCGGAAGAGACUAUUGCAAGACGAGGGUUGUUUGGGCGCUUCUGUGCCAGCAGAAAGUCGCCAGUUCAAGCAACCCAUCACUUUGCAGCAGUUCCGCCAAAGUUUUGGCCACCAGAAGAUUCGCCACCUGCGUCCGCACGGAAUGUGAGGGACACACGGCCCAAAGGUGCGUUUCAUGAUGAAACGUGGCCGGAGGUGGUUCAACGAGUGCGUUCUCAGAGCGAGUUUGGUCGACGGCCGAACUGGAGCAUGAUCCCGAUGAUCGUGAAAAGCAAUGCGGAUGAUGUGAGGCAAGAAGAGUUGGCAUUUCGCCUUCUCAAAUGGUUUGAACGAGUCUUCAAAAGGCAUAAUCCCAAGCUUUGGCUUCAACCUUUCCUGAUCGUUGCGACGACUCACGAUGGGGGAUUGCUGGAGGUGGUGACGAAUGCCAUCAGCAUCAGCGAGCUGAAGAAGACCUACGGAUCCAACUGGAUCUCGUUGAGAAGGUAUUUUGAGGAAUCAUUCACCGGGGAUGAUCAACCUCAUGGUUUUGGAAGGGAGAAGUCUGUCUCUUUCAAAACAGCAAAGCUCAACUUCAUCUACUCCAUGGCGGCGUACUCCGUGGUGUGCUACGUUCUGGCCAUCCGUGACCGGCACAACGGCAACAUCAUGUUAAAUGAUGAAGGACACGUCCUUCACGUGGACUUCGGUUUUAUGUUAUGUGGUGCUCCCGGCGGGAAGGCCAUGCAACACAUUGGCGGCUUCGAGCAUUCAGCGGGCUUCAAACUGACGAAUGAGCUUGUGGAAGUGCUUGGACCCACCGAUGGCAACGAGUUCCAGGUGUUCCGAUCAGCCAUCCUGGAUGGCAUGAGAGCUGUUCGCUCCCAUGCUCAGGAACUCUUGGGGUUGGUACAACUGAGCAUGCUGGGGUCGGAGAACAGCCAGAUGAACUGUUUCUGCCAUCCACGAGGCUACCCUGAGGCUGUCUUGGAGGACAUUUGCGACCGGCUUGGAUUGCUGGGAGCUUGGCUUUUUCUCCCCGGACUUGUAAGCCCCAUUGGCUUGGGAUAA